UGGCUUUAGAGUUAGCCGCGAACUCGAAGGCUACAUGUCAUCAGUUGCGGAAGCGCGUGACGAUGAUGAUGGCUCCGAAAGCCAAGAUUCUGACUUCGGCAUCGACCGCGUGAUGGUGGCAGAGCAUAUUACCGGCUUUGGCCGGCAUUGCGCUGCAACCCACCCAGAGCUAGCCGCAAUGCUGCGGGCCUACGUGCACUACGACCUUGACUCUGUUUUCAGGCGCGCUUCCAUGUUGACCUGGGCCCGCAGCAAUGCAUCGCAAGCUCGCGCUACCUUGGCCGACGUCACUGGCCUGGAUGAUACCCUCGACAACUUUGGCGAAAAGACCGACCCAUCUGGAUACAAGGUUUGUGACCGCAGUUCUGAUCUCAGAGAGUACACGAAGGACAGCCUGCUGGCCAAGUGUGAGGAGGCCAUUACGAGUGAGGACAAGAAAGCCGAGGAGGUCUUCCAGGCCCUGCUGGAGCAGCACUCCUACCUGACCCCCGACCUGCUGGAGCUCAUGGCUCGGGACUCAGAGGAGAGCAAGGAGGCCUUCGAGAUGAGCAGAGCUGAUAGCAACA